CCUCUGGCAGCGGUGUCAUCCCUCCUAGCUCCUAACAAAACCGAGUUCAAGAAACUUUUCAGUGCAGCACCAGGUGGUUAAGAGCACGCUCACACUCCCAGACGGGACCGCAAGGCAGCGUUGACCAACCACCCCAUACCCCUGACCGGCCAUGCCGACCCCCUCAGCGCCAGUCCCCCCCCCGCCGCCAUUUUGUGAGCGCCGCGGGGAGCGGCCCGGCCCGGCCCAUGGCGAGGAGCAGGGCGCUGCGGAGCGGCUGCCUGCAGCUCGCCGCGCUGCCCUGGGCGGCGUGCUGGUCAGGUGGGAAGCCGCAGCCCUUCUCCUCCUCCUGGAGAGUCGCGGAGCCGCCGCCGAGGGGGUGGAGCAGCACCAUGGAGGAGAAGGAGGAGGAGGACGGGGCUCUUCAGGGGCAGCGGCACGGGAGUUCUCCUCAAAAAGAUAUGGAGAAGAAAAUAGAAGAGCCAUCUGCAGGCAGUCAGUACCCUAAGGAAGCGGUGAGGAAACCUCAGAAUGCAGAUCGAGGAUCCAGGGGCAGCGAUUCCUCCAGGACCUCCAGGAAAAGCUUCAGGCUGGAUUACAGGUUAGAAGAAGAUGUAACUAAAUCAAAGAGAGGCAAAGAUGGGAGAUUUGUCAACCCAUGGCCAACAUGGAAGUCACCAACCUUGCCAAAUGUUUUGAAAUGGUGCCUCAUGGAAAAAGAUAACAGCAAUGUGCCAUGUUCAAAACAGGAACUUGAUAAAGAGCUUCCAGUUUUAAAACCGUACUUUGUUCAAAACCCGGAACUUGUUGGAAAGAUCGGAACUGGUAUGCGAGUGACGUGGCUGGGACACGCCUCAGUUAUGGUGGAAAUGGAUGAAAUCGUAUUUCUUACUGACCCAAUCUUCAGCCAGCGGGCUUCCCCGGUGCAGCUGAUGGGUCCCAAGCGCUUCCGAGGACCUCCGUGCACAGUUGACCAGCUCCCCAAAAUCGAUGCGGUUGUGAUCAGCCACACCCAUUACGAUCAUUUGGACUACAACAGUGUAAAAAGUUUAAAUGAGCGCUUUGGCAGCGAGCUGCGCUGGUUCGUGCCUCUAGGGCUCUUAGACUGGAUGCAGCGAUGCGGCUGUGAGAAUGUGAUUGAACUGGACUGGUGGGAAGAGAACUGUGUCCCUGGCCACGAUGCGGUAACUUUUGUCUUUACCCCUUCGCAACAUUGGUGCAAAAGGACUGUGACAGAUGACAACAAGGUUCUCUGGGGCAGCUGGUCUGUCUUGGGACCUUGGAAUAGAUUUUUCUUUUCAGGAGACACCGGAUACUGUGUUGCUUUUGAACAGAUAGGUAAAAGGUUUGGACCUUUCGAUCUCGCAGCCAUCCCCAUUGGAGCUUAUGAGCCAAGGUGGUUUAUGAAACACCAGCAUGUGGAUCCUGAAGAAGCCGUAAGAAUCCAUAUUGAUGUUCAAGCAAAGAAGUCUGUAGCAAUUCAUUGGGGAACCUUUGCUUUAGCAAAUGAGUAUUACUUGGAUCCUCCAGUUAAACUGAAUGAAGCUCUUGAAAGAUACGGCUUGAAAAAGGAAGACUUCUUUGUGUUAAGCCAGGGAGAAUCACGGGACUUGAGCACAAAUGAUGGGUCUGAAUAAUGAACCAGUAACAGUUCCUCGUAAGCCUUGUUUGAUUUGAACUAGAAAUUUAAUAUCACAAAUGUUAAUUUGGUGUACUUACAAAGCAGAUUGAGUGAAUUUGAGUUCUAGAUUUCAGGUUUGUCAGCUUCAUAACUAAAGCUUGCAUAUAAAGUUCAUUUUAUGGUUACACAUUUUUGUUUUCCUGUUAAAUUGAUUUUACUAGUUAAAUUGUUUACAAAUGUUGAGAGGUGAUCUAAACACUGGUUAAUAUACAAGGUAUUGUCUGGGCAUAACUUGGAGUUUCAGUCUUACGUUUAUCACUGAUGUACGCUGUACAGUUUGUUUUUUCAACUCUUCAUCUUAUCUAUAACAGCAAUAAUAGCCUCAGAGCAGGAUGUAGUCUUAUAAUUAAUGGCUGACUUGAAUUAUUCAUUGUCAAAGUGUCAUCUCCCACUUGUUAGUCCUUAAUUUUAAAAUUACGCCCUGUUUUUUGAUAGCCCCACUCUGUGUUAUGUGGGGAGUCUCCCAGUACAGCUGUGUUGGUAAAGCACAAGCACAGUAAAAUAAUUAUUUUACUGAGUGCUUCUACACUUUCAUUUACUGAGGAACCACAAAAGCUGAAUUUUAAAAUGAUUUAAAGAACUGUGCCUUUAAGAGAGAGAGCACUUAAUAAUGCAACAUUAAUGUAUAAAUACUUACUGGUGGCCAGAAUAUCUGCACUCUAAUACUGUUUUGUCAGUGUCUUUAAGUUAGGCCUGAAUGUGUCUAAAGUAACUUUUUUGUCACAUGCAGCACAUGAGAUGGAAGAGUCCCUUAAUGGCGCUUGUCUUUGCAUUGACUCAGCCUAUUAUUAAGUACUUUUUUUUAAGUGAAAAGUCUGAAGCAAGGGCUGUGGUAAUUUUUCCUUAUAGCUUCCCUAUAAUUUUAAAGUUGAAUAAGAGACUACAAAAUUACUUACUAUUGUAAUACUUGGCUAAAUGUAUCUGUAUCAAAUUGCCAUGCUCAUUUACAGAAUUAAAGCCUAUUGUUGCCAAAAAA